CAGGAUUGAAAAAAGGCAAAUUACAUCAGCUGGUAGGCUUUUUUUCUCGCGGGUUGCACAUUGCUUGACAUUGACAGCAUUUUGCCAUUCUACAAAUAAAAAAAAAUUGUAAAAUAAAAAAUAAGUGAUUAGCACGGAAAAUCCAAAAACUGGUUAAGCUGUUUGAUGAAGUCUUCUUUGUUGGAGAAUUUAUCAUCAACAAGCUCACUUAUCACAAAGAACUCGGUCAUUCAGUUCAAAAGAAAACAGCCUUCUUAAUUUUUAGAUCAAUUCUGUGAUUUUAUUUGAAUGAACAGUUAAUUUGAACCGUAUUGAUUAAUAACUAAUCAACUAAACUUUUUUUUUGUGUUUUGGGCAGGAUGGCUGCAAGAAAUAAUCCUGGUUUAACGGGUAGUGGCAGUAGACAGGAUGACCACAGUGUUGAGACCCUUACUGAUGUAUUCCGUUGCUUCAUAUGCAUAGAGAAGCUCAGAGACGCACACCUAUGCCCACAUUGCUCGAAACUGUGUUGCUAUCCCUGUAUAAGGAGAUGGCUGACAGAACAAAAGUCACAAUGUCCCCACUGCAGGGCCUCGUUACAUCUACAUGAACUAGUUAAUUGUCGUUGGGUUGAAGAAGUGACCCAGCAAUUGGAUUCUUUGCAGGCGGGAAGUCUUCGCAAUAAACUGGACGAAAAUGAUCGGGACAGAUGCACAACUCAUUUUGAAAAAUUGUCUGUUUAUUGUUUGACUUGUCGUUGUUGCAUUUGCCAUCAAUGUGCUUUGUGGGGAGGUACUCAUUCAGGUCAUACUUUUAAGCCAUUGGAUGAAAUUUAUGAUCAACAUGUCAAUCAGAUAAAUGAUGAGGUAGCACAAUUGCGUAAGAGGUUGAUGGAGCUUAUUAGUAUUGUGCAAGAAGUAGAACGUAAUGUAGAAUCUGUAAGAUCUGCGAAAGAUGACCGUGUCAGGGAAAUCAAAAACGCUGUUGAGCUUAUGAUAGCUCGACUUGAUUCUCAGUUAAAAACCAAACUGCUUACUUUAAUGGGGCAAAAAGAUACUCUUACUCAGGAAACUGAACAAUUAGAGCAGUUGCUUCAUGAAAUCGAAAAUCAAUUACAUGUGUCCUCUAGAUCUGAUCUGAUUACUAAAAGCGCUGAGGUAUCCAGAAUGAUACAUAAUGUUCGUAAAAAACCAAUGACUAGUUUUGUGACUGCUCCAGUUCCGGCUGACUUUCACAGUGAAAUUGUCCCAGCAUAUUCUAGCAGUCAAUUCGUUAUGCACGGUUUUACCCAGCUUCAAAGUAAAGCUGAUCCAGUAUAUUCCACCCCCUUACAUUGCAAUGGUCUUUGUUGGCGUUUAAAAGUAUAUCCUGACGGAAAUGGCGUGGUUCGUGGUAAUUAUUUGUCAGUUUUUCUGGAACUCAGUGCUGGAUAUCCAGAGGCUUCAAAGUAUGAAUAUCGAGUUGAAAUGAUUCACCAGGCUGGUAAAGAUUCUGAAAAAAACAUCGUCAGAGAAUUUGCUUCUGUUUUUGAUGUUGGUGAAUGUUGGGGAUACAAUCGAUUUUUCAGUUUAGAUUUGUUGGCUAGUGAAGGAUAUUUGAAUGUUCCAAUGGAUACUUUAAUUCUGAGGUUUCAAGUAAGAGCCCCAACAUUUUACCAACGAUGUAGAGAUCAACAAUGGUACAUUAAUCAACUACAAACUGUUCACAAUCAAUACAUUUCUCAAAUAAAUGAAUCUAAAGAGCUCCUGGCUGCAGAAAUUUCAAAGAAUGCUGUCGCCGCGGCAACAUUAAACGCCAAUACUCAAGAUAUGAAUGAGGUUUUAGCUAAAAACAAAUUACCACCGUUCACAUUAGGGCAUCAACCUUUAAAUCCUUUUAUAACAGAAAAUGGAAUUAAUCCGAUUCCUUCUACUUCUCGUGACACAGGCUAUAAGGGUGCUCUAGAGAGUUUGUCGAUGAGUCUUAACUCUGCCCUUGCAGCCAGUGAUCUUCAACCUCUUGGAACCUUGAGCAAUCCCAAUACUACUUUGAUGCAAGUGAAUAGUAAGAAUUCCGAUAAUCCUCUUGAUACACCUGAACAGCUUUUGGAUUUGGGUGUUUCAUCAGGUUCGCCCAAUUUAUUGAAUUCUGGUUUAUCCAUGCGAUAUCCCAGUGAUAGCAGCGAAAGCGACAACGAACUACUAGAUCCCUUUCAAGGAAUUUUAAGCUCUCCAGAUACAAAUCUCCUCAGUACCGAAGAUAAUUCAAAUGAUGAAAACGAUGUGGAUAUCGAGACCAUGUCAGGAGAAAACGACGUUGAAUAUGCCGAAUUCUCAAUGGCUCAAGGUCUGAUGCUUAGAGACGCUAAUAAUUCAGCAGCCAGCAGUGUAGCUGGGGCGACUGCGCUUUCUCCUGUAGAUCAGCUAACAUGUGAUGUUCAAGAUAAAUUGAAAUUAUUAUUUGAAGAUGCUUCUAAUAUCAAUCUGAGUGCAAAUGGUGCGAAUAAAAAUACAAUACCUUCAAAUUCUACAGCUCUACUCAAUAUGACUGCUUCAAAUCUUGAUCUAGCCCUAUUAGGAUCCUUGAGAAAAAAUGAAGAUCAGCUUCGAUCCACCAACGACAAAAAGAAGCUGAAAAAUAGGUUUCGACCCAUUUCUGACGCCUCUCUACCCUCUGAAUCUUGGACUGAGACUGUACCUAUAAAUACUAAGGAAUCAGUGAUGGGUCCAUUAGAAUUAUUUCUCCGUUCCAUAAACUGUUAUCCAGAACAUGGACAGUGCCGAAAAACUGAUUGCCAUCAAAAGGACAGACGAAAAUACCUUAGCAAGUCGAGUCAUCCAGUACCAUUGGAGCAACAGAUUCCACCUCCUGCUCCUCCUCCUCCUCCCCCAAUGGAUGAGAGGGAAAUUAAUGGCCAAGUCUUAAAUUCAGAAUUCAGUUGGACACCAUCACUUUUGAAUCAAAGACGACCCAAACCUGCAAAAACUGAGAAUCGUCCAGUUCCGGAGAAGGAAGAUAGGAAAAAUAAAAAGUCAGACCAUGACUCGCAUUCAAUAUAAUUCUACCAGUGAUGUAAUACUCAGAACUCGACAUAAUGUCAUAUUCAUAGUUUAAAUUUAUAGCUAACUUAUUCAAUUUUAUAUGACCUCAUUCACUAAUUUUUGAAAUUGUCUUAAUUGCGACUAGAAAUAAAAUUUUCCGCACCCUUACUUUUGGAACACUUAAGAGUCCUUUUUCAAAAUUAAAAAAAAAAAACUAAAAAAAACACACACUUUAUGUUAGAUAUUUUUUUUUUUUUGGUAAACAUACUUAAAAUAGACGUUCGUUUAAGAUUGUAUGCUUGAAUUACAUAUUUGAAUUUUAGUGAGAGAGCCCAUCGAAAACAUUUUUCAUUCCAGGAAAGUUGAAAUGAUUGGUAAUUUAGGCUGUGUAAUUGGUUGAUUCGAUUAACUUAAAAUUAAUUAAUCUCAUUAAUAUUAUUGCAAAUAAAAAAUUAUAGUUAAAAUUGUAA